AGCUUGAAGGUUUAAGCUCGGCGGCUGUGGUUCCUUCUUGUUUUCUCUUCCAGUCUCUUUGAACCCUCCUUCCACUGAAAAGAACCACUCAGCCAACAUGGGGAAGACGCGGGGUAUGGGAGCCGGACGCAAGCUGAGGACCCACCGUAGGAGGCAGAGGUGGGCCGAUAAAGCCUACAAAAAAUCCAACCUUGGAAAUGAAUGGAAGAAGCCAUUUGCUGGUUCUUCCCAUGCCAAAGGCAUUGUCCUUGAGAAGAUUGGUAUCGAAGCUAAGCAGCCGAACUCUGCUAUCCGAAAGUGUGCCAGAGUUCAACUGAUCAAGAAUGGAAAAAAGAUUGCCGCAUUCGUUCCGAACGACGGUUGCUUAAACUACAUCGAAGAGAAUGAUGAGGUGUUGAUUGCUGGAUUCGGGCGAAAGGGCCAUGCUGUCGGUGAUAUCCCCGGUGUUAGGUUCAAGGUUGUGAAGGUCUCCGGUGUUUCGCUGUUGGCACUCUUCAAAGAGAAGAAAGAGAAGCCUAGAUCUUAAGAUG